GUGAACCGCAGUGAUUUAGCAAAAUGAAGGAUUGCGCCAGUCCACCUGUGGACCGCGACGUCGCGGUUGCCGUUGCAUCAGACAAGCUCACGGAUAAUCUCAAAAGUGGUGGGGACUCUCAAAAGGAUGUAGACCAACUCACCUUAGAAGAUAUACGUGAACAAGUACGCUUUAUCGAGAAAGCUGUUUCUACGAAGGAACUAAACUACAUAACUAGGGUGCUGAGAAGCAUAACCUCCGUUCGUCGCAAACUCAAUCACAAUGUCCUUCGUGGACUUGUCCAAGGCUACUUUCCUAACCCAUCUCCACAGAAGACGUAUUUCAUGGAAUUCUUGCCCGAAGCAAUGGAUGUCGACUGCUCCCCUUCUACUUUUCGGCCGCGUUCUGGUAAAGCUAAUGUACCACUUCUUCCCGAAGUGGAAGUUUAUCUUCACUUACUCUUGCUGACGUUUCUGAUUGAUGAGAAGCUGCAUGACGAGGCUACCAAAUGUUCCAAUUUGCUGAUGGAGAGACUAGACUCUACUCACAGACGCACGAUGGCUUUGUUGGCUAGCCGAUGCUAUUAUUAUCACAGUCGAAGUUACGAACUAAUUGGUCGUCUGGAGGCUGUUCGUUCGUUCUUCCUCGCACGUCUGCGCACCGCUACUUUGAGAUCCAACUACGACGCUCAAGCUGUGUUGAUCAACCUACUUCUUCGCAACUACCUACAUUAUCAACUUCAUGAACAGGCGUACAAAUUGGUGACCCGCGUUGUUUUUCCAACCAACGCGCCCAACAACGAGUGGGCACGUUACUUUUACUAUGUUGGUAAGUGUACAUUCCAUGCUCCCACAGUUGGUUUCUAUUGGGAAUUAACAGAUUAUGUCAAGGUAUACCUUGACAUAAUCAGUCACGUUUCUGGUUACACCAUGCUUCUCGUGAGUCAACUCUUCACAUGA